GCCGAGCCGGAAGGCACUGCGUAAUUCAGCGGGUGUACCUGAUCGUCUCUACCAACUGUGAGGCCAGCCCUCAUGGCAUCAUCCAAAGCUUCCGUUUUGGUGGUAGCAGCGGCAACGGCGGUCUUCGCCGUCGCGUACGCGAUCGCACGACCCCGGAAACUCAAACGGAGGAACGAUGUGACGGGCAGAUUGCAAAACUUGGUGUGGCAUAAGCCUCUGUCGGGGCUUCCGACGGAGGGGGCGGUCCUUCUCGUGGACGGGGCGUACAUGCUUGCCGAGGGGGUGUCGUGGAAUCAUCUCGAGCAGGAGCUGUGGUGGGUCGAUAUCAACGGGAAGAUGAUAAUGAGGCUUUUUUGUAAGUCCGAUGAGGACGGAGAGGAUGGCCUUGGCGCCUCCCUGGCAGCGGAAGGCUGGGAUGUACAGACCAGACCCGGCUCGCUCGCGCUCCGAGAAGGGGGGGCCCGUGGACGGAAACCCGGGUAUCCUCUGGUGGUGGCGUUCGAAGACGGUUUUUUUUUGUGCGACCCUUCCACCGGGGGGCGUGUCGCUGCCGCCGCGGCUGCCGGAGGGGAGGACGAGUACGAGCAGCUGCCCAACACCCGGCUGAACGACGGCAGGUGCGAUCGCCAAGGGCGCUUCUUGUGCGGCGGGAUUAACCUCGAGAACAUCGACCAGCCGCCGGACUUGUGGAAACCUCGAGCCGGCGUGUUUCGCCUCGAGGAAGGGAAGGGGGUGCGGCGGAUCCUCCCCGACGAGGAGUUUCGGUGCUACAACGGCACCUGCUUCUCGCCGGACGGGCGGACCAUGUACGCGGCGGAGACUCCCCUACAGAAGAUCGCCCGCUACGACUACAACCCCGACACGGGGGACAUUACGAACAAGAGGGUGUUCGUGGAGCUCGAGGAGGGAUACCCUGACGGCGCAACCGUAGACACGGAAGGUUGCGUAUGGGUUGCCAUGUUUAGCUGCGGGGAGGUCCGCCGAUUCAGCCCCGAGGGGGAGCUUCUUCGGACAAUUCCUGUCCCCGGAGCGAAAAACACGACCUGCGUGGCCAUUGGGGGGCCCGACCUCGACAUCCUCUUCAUCACGUCCGCAAGCGUGGGGCUCAACGACCAGCAGCGCAUGGAGCAGCCCAACGCCGGAGCCGUGUUCGCGAUCCGACUGGAAGGGGUCAAGGGGAUUCCGGAGCCGCGCUUCCGUGGAUGAGAGCCCAAAUCUCCUUCUCCCUGCAACUACUUUUGUGUUUCGUGGACUUUGGCUGUUGGUGUUUCGUCGACGGUUGCUGGUCGUUCCAACCGUGCAUAUAUAUAUUUGUUUUUUUCCUCUUUAAAGUUGCCGUCGCUCCAGUUUCUAACGCCUUUGACACCUUUGGGCCCUUUAUGCUAAAGUUUGGGGUGACGCAGACAAGAAGUUUUCUGGGAUGGGGGGUUGUUGGUGCGAGAAGAGGUUUCGGCAGUCCUUGGAAGUCUAUCGACGACGGCCUGGAGCGACUUUUACUUGGGGAGAAACGUGUGUAUUUGUUCAUUGGUUCUCGUUUCUUGUUUCGACAGUCUUCCCUGCUGCUACUGCUGCUGUGAAAGAUCCCAAGGCAGGAAUGACUCGCCCUUGAGUGUUAUUUUUCGUGUGAAAGACGACAAUAAAUGGCUACAAACUU